AUGGCAACUCGCACGCUAUACUCCAGGGCGGCUAAGACUGCAGGCGAGGCAAAGAGAAACGCCCCCUCCCAGGAAGCAACGCGCUCUACAGCAAAGCCAACAACCGGAACCAAGAAGGGCACCACGAAGCCCAAGACCACAACCAAUUCCACGGCCAAGGUGACGAAGCCUGCAACCAAGAAGCCUACCACCACCAAGAAGACCCCAAGCAAGCCCGCUCCAAAGGCAACCAAGGGCACCAAGGGUACAAAGGCUCCACCUGCAGACGCAGUUGGUCCUGUUGUAGAUAAGCCCAAGAGGGACCCCCCGAAGGCCAGGGUCCCGGCCUCUCCUAAGAAGAAGAAGAAUCCGACCAAGAAGCCCGCUCCCAAGAAGGGUAGUAAGGACAAGGAUGAGGAAGAUGAGGAGGAGGAGGAGGAGGAGGUGCUGUCGUCGCCAAAGAAGUCUAACAAGCGUAAGAGUGACGACGAUGGUGAUGAGGAUGCGCCUUCUCCAAAGAAGAGUAACUACUCUGCAACUUCCAACAAGUCUGCUUCUUCUCCUAAGAAGACAGCCUCCCCCAAAAAGACAGCCUCUCCCACGAAGACAGCCUCCCCCACGAAGAGCAACUCUGUCGCAUCCCAAGUCGCCUCCGUCGCAAGUGAUGCCGCAGAGAAAGCCAAGGGUGUCGCGCAGGGUGUGGUGAAGAGUGCUCAGAGGGCGAAGAGUGCUGUUGAAGCUACGGCGACGGAGAAGCAUAACAGCUCCAAGGCUAACAAGUCUGCUCCAGCUGCUCUUGAGGAUUUGGAGCAGGAUAGGCCGUAG